AUGACAAUUAUUGGAGGUUCCAAAUCUUUGGUUAGGACUCUCUUUUUAGUGGGAUUGUCUACCUGGUUAGUACUUUCAUUGAUAUCUUUUUGUGUCUAUAGGUCACAAGACUCAUUGUUAUCGAUUAAGAAUUUACCUUAUGAAUCUUCGAUAUUGGAGGGUUUAGUUACGUCAACAAAUUCCGAAGAACAAGUAGAGGAAGUUGCACAAGUAGGGCAGCAAGAACGCGUUGAACAAGUUGAGCAGGAAGAACAGGUUCAACAGGUUCAACAGGUUCAACAGGUUGAACAAUCGGAACAAGCUGAACAAGCUGAACAAGCUAAACAAGCUGAACAAGCUAAACAAGCUGAACAAGUCGAACAAGCUGAACAAGCUGAACAAGCUGAACAAGUCGAACAAGUCGAACAAGUUGAACAAGCUGAACAAAUUGAACAAAAUCAAGAUCCCAAUGAUCUGGGCAGAACUAAUUUUAUUAAAUCCGAGUAUAAAUCCGCAACAUCUUCAUAUAAAAGAGUUGAGUUUCUUACAUCUAAUUUAAUAAGUAAUAAUGAUAAUUCUGUACUAAUUCUACUGUCCAUUGGGCCCAAAACUCCAUUUGGAAGGGAUAGAAAUUUUGAACAAUUUAUGGCUACCAUUGAAAAAUUAUAUACUAACUCCGAAACUGAGUUGACAAUAUCAAUGGGAUUCUUAAUUAAUGUUGAAGAAGAAUUCGAUAAAGUUGUACAAUUCUUUGACCUCAAUUUUGAAAAAUUAAUUCAAGAAGCACAAGUUCCAAUUUCAAGGAUAUCGGUAUCAGCAAAUUCUGAUCUUGAGAAAAACUUAGGUUUCCUGAGAGAAGAUAGACACGAAAGCCAAGUACAAAGACUCAGAAGAAGAGCAAUUGCAAAAAGUAGAAAUUAUCUUACCAUUUCUACUUUGAAAGAUGAACAGUAUCUUUUAUUCUUGGAUUCAGAUAUUAUUGACUUUGAAAGGCCACAUAGGAUCCUUUCUACUUUCAUUGAGUCUGGAAAAGAUAUUAUUGUACCUCGAAUUACUAGAGGAUUUAAUGUUGAUUAUGAUUUAAAUUCGUGGAAGGGCAAAAGGACUAAACCUGACGACAGGCAAUUGCAACUUCUUGAUGAAGGAAGAUUUGAUGAAGCUGCAUAUGAACCGAGGGAUGUUACUUCAGAAAUAUUUCAUUUCAGUAACUUUAUAUACGAUAAAGAAUAUAGCGAAUUCCUUCCGGAUUAUAAACAUACUGUUGAGUUGGACUCAGUUGGUGGAGCUAUGCUUUUCAUGAAGGCUGAUGUUUUCAGAAUGGGUGUUAAUUUCCCAACUAGUUAUAUCGUUGGAACCACUUGGGAUAGAUCAGAAGGUUAUGAUGGUAUUGAAACUGAAGGAAUAUGUUAUUUAGCAAAACCUUUAGGUUUUAAAUGUUGGGGUUUGCCUAAUGCUGUCGCCAGGCACGCACCCCGUUGA